AUGGCCCCCCACGCCGACAACAGCGGCGCCGCUGCGAAUGGCAGUGCCACCACGUCGCGGUAUCACGCUUCCUCCACCAAGGGAGCCAUUGCCGCCGAGAACGAGUACGCCGCCCACAACUACCACCCUCUCCCCGUCGUCUUUGCCCGCGCCGAGGGCGUCAACGUCUGGGACCCCGAGGGCAAGCACUACAUCGACUUCCUCUCCGCCUACAGCGCCGUCAACCAGGGCCACUGCAACCCGGAGCUGGUCAAGGCCCUCACCGAGCAGGCUUCGCGGGCGACGCUGAGCUCCCGUGCCUUCCACAACGACGUCUUCCCCAUGUGGGCCGAGAAGGUCCGCUCCGUCUUCGGCUACGACAUGGUUCUGCCCAUGAACACCGGCGCCGAGGCUGUCGAGACGGCGAUCAAGGUCGCCAGGAAGUGGGCGUACAAGGUCAAGAAGGUCCCCGAGGGCAAGGCUCUCGUCUUCUCCGUCGGCGGCAACUUCCACGGCCGAACUAUGCUGGCCAUCUCUCUGUCCAUGGACCCCGAGUCCCGGGACAACUACGGCCCCUUCGUCCCCAACGUCGGCCCCUACAACCCCACCAACGGCAAGCUGAUCCGGUACAACAACAUUGCUGAUCUCGAGGAGGUCCUGGAGGAGCACGGCAAGAACACGGCCGCCUUCAUCUGCGAGCCCAUCCAGGGCGAGGCCGGCGUCUUCGUUCCCGACGAGGACUACCUGGGCAAGGUCCAGGCCCUGUGCCGCAAGCACAACGUCCUGUUCAUCUGCGACGAGAUCCAGACCGGCAUCGCCCGCACCGGCCGCAUGCUUUGCUCCGAGUGGGCCGGCAUCAAGCCCGACUUGGUCACUCUGGGCAAGGCCAUCUCGGGCGGCAUGUACCCCGUCAGCGCCGUCCUCGCCAACAAGGAGGUCAUGCUCGUCGUCGAGCCCGGCACCCACGGUUCCACCUACGGCGGCAACCCGCUCGGCUGCGCCGUCUCGAUGCGCGCCCUCGAGCUCGUCGAGGAGAACAAGCUGGUGGAGCACGCCGAGAAGCUGGGCAGGAUCUUCCGCGGCUCCAUCGCCGACUUCAAGUCGCCCAUCAUCAAGCUGGUCCGCGGCAAGGGCCUUCUCAACGCCAUCGUCAUCGACGAGUCAGCCACCAACGGCCGAAGCGCCUGGGAUCUGUGCAUGCUCCUGAAGGAGAAGGGCCUACUGGCCAAGCCCACUCACGGGGACAUCAUCCGAUUCGCCCCUCCCCUGGUCAUCACCGAGGAGGAGCUGCAGAAGGCUAUCAGCAUCAUUGGCGAGGCUCUGCGGGAGCUGCCUAACGCACCCAAGGCUGCUCAUUAG